AUCACGUGGAUCGGUCAUGUGACUCCAGCAUGGCGGUGUUUGCAGAUUUGGACCUGCGAGUGGGCUCGGACCUGAAGGCGCUGCGCGGGCUCGUGGAGAACGCCGCUCACCUUGGCUAUUCAGUUGUUGCCAUCAAUCACGUUGUUGAAUUUAAGGAAAAGAAACAGGAAAUUGAAAAACCAGUCGCUAUUUCAGAACUCUUUACAACUUUGCCAAUUGUACAGGGAAAAUCAAGACCAAUAAAAAUUUUAACUAGACUGACGAUUAUUGUUUCGGAUCCAUCUCACUGCAAUGUUUUGAGAGCAACUUCUUCGAGGGUCCGGCUGUAUGAUAUUGUUGCAGUUUUCCCAAAGACAGAGAAACUUUUUCAUGUUGCUUGUACACAUCUAGAUGUGGAUUUAGUCUGCAUAACUGUAACAGAGAAACUACCAUUUUACUUCAAAAGACCCCCUAUUAAUGUGGCAAUUGACCGAGGUGUGGGCUUUGAACUUGUCUACAGCCCAGCCAUCAAAGACUCCACAAUGAGAAGGUACACAAUUUCCAAUGCCCUCAAUUUGAUGCAAAUCUGCAAAGGAAAGAAUGUAAUUAUAUCUAGUGCUGCAGAAAGGCCUUUAGAAAUAAGAGGUCCAUAUGAUGUGGCAAACUUAGGGCUGCUGUUUGGACUCUCUGAAAGCGAUGCCAAGGCUGCAGUGUCUACCAACUGCCGAGCAGCGCUUCUCCAUGGAGAAACUAGGAAAACUGCUUUUGGAAUUAUUUCCACCGUGAAGAAACCUCGGCCAUCGGAAGGAAAUGAUGAUUCUCUUCCAGCUUCCAAAAAAGCCAAGUGUGAGGACUGAAAAGAUUUCCCAGGCUCUGUUGACACUCCCGUCUUCCCUUUCAUAGUCCACCAGCCACAACAGAAAUCAAACCUCUGCACGAUUUGCUGUUUUCACAUGGAGCUAGAAAUCGGUAGUCUCUAAAAACGAUUUUAUAUUCAGGCGUUCAAACUAACAAAAGAAACCGGGUGAAGCACUUAAGAAAAGACUGAGCUAAAUGAAUUUUGAGAUAGUGUAAGAGAAAACAGAGUCUAGCUUAUAUUCUUGGUGUAAUUGAUAAAAAUGGCAGGUAUAAUUAAAUUAGAUGUUUCGAUAUUUCAAGAGACUCUUUUGUUCAUUUAAAAACUCAUGCUUUUCUGCUUUAUUUGAUAUACAUUUUUUAACCUUACUACUCAAAAAGUGGUUAGUUUUAUGGACUAUUAAAAUUUAUAUUAAGGGAUUGGCUUUUAGUUGAUCUAUUUUUGUUUUAAGCCUCUUUUAUUCAUCAGAUCAAAGUUCUUUCUAACAGGACUUGUUACAAAAUUGGUGGAAGGAGAGGGGAAGUGUACCUGAAAUCACACUUGGCCUCCUCCUUUGCUGCUUCUCACCUCCGUGAUGUCCUUGAAAGUAGGAUUCACUCCUUUGACUUGGAAGCUCCUGAAAACUUGAUAUUGAUUUUUCCUAAUAGUUUUAUUAAGAAUAUCAAAGCAAUUAAGAGCAGGAUUAUUAUACAGUGGAACCUCAGUUCUAGAACUUAAUUUGUUCUGGAAGCCUAUUUAAAAAUCAAAUCUUUUUUUUCCCCCCAUUAAAAGUAAUGUAAAUUGAAUUAAUCCAUUCUAGACCCCCAAAUGAUUCUCUGUUUUAACCUUUCUUAUAUACAGUACAUGUCUAGUGUACUGUUUAAUCUAUAAAUAAACACUUUAAAAACAAAGAGGAAAUAAGUGUAAAUUUAACAAAAAGGAAAUGAAAUGUAGGGUUAAAAAAAACCCGAAAAUUUAAUAAUAAGCAGCAACAGAAGAAAAAAAACCUCAGUAAUAUUCACAGCACAAUUUCCUGAGAUGUUGACAAUGUGAAGUUUAACAGUAAACUGACUCAUACUAGCACGUCCUCUCAUUUAUCACCUGAGAGACACAUGAAUGAUUAUACGAGCCAUUAGAUAGCAUCUGAUAGUAUGAAAGGAUUGUCUGGUUGAGAAGCGAAUUGUUCAAGAUGAGAGAUGUUUGAGAACCAAGGUUUGACUGCAUUUGGUAGAGGUAGCCUUUUUGCAAAUACCUGCACUUUUGCUAUAUUGAUAUAAAUAAUUCUUUAACUGAGAAAAAGGACAGAGUCAGAGAAAAGAUCACUUCAGAAAGAGAAAGCUAUAUAACAAUCUCACUUAUGAAUGUAGAUACUUUUAAAAUAUUGAUAAAGGGAAACCAUCAAAACAGAGUAUACCAUGACAAGAUGAGGUUUACUCUAGGAAUCUAAGAAUAUUUCAGUUCUUUUAAAUGUACUUUAUAAUAUCAAUAGGUCAAAUGAGAAAAAUCAGGAUCAUCUUAAUAGAUACUAGCAAGACAUUUGAUAAAAUUUUAACUCUACUCCAGAUUUUAAAAUUAAUCAACAACAAAAAACCUUUGGCAAAAUAGAAGUAGACGACUAUUUUACGCACACAUACAUAUAUAUAUGUUUGUAUAUAUUGUAUAUAUUAACCAUGAUGGUUCUAAAAUAAAGCAUUUUGACUGAC